AUGAGCAGUGAAGGUAAUGCGCUCAAGAGUAAAAGCAGCAGUAGGGGAGAUGCGACCAACGCGAGUAACAAGGGCGAUGAAGAAAAUGGCAAAGUUGCGGGGGGUGCAAAGGAGGGUAAGGAACAGAAUGGUGUUACGAUUGACACAUAUGGAGAGGAUCAACAAAUGGAAAAAGAACAUCCCAGUGGGAGUAACCAAGAUGCCCUUUUUCAUAUAAAGGACGGCCUGUCGCAGUUAGAAAAAACGUUGAGCGGAGAUGGGUACGCCUUUAGUAACUUGACUUGUAAAAAUAAAAACUUGAAUUGCAUCCCAAAGGAAGUAGAAAAAUAUAAAGACCUCAAGUAUAUAAAUAUGGCUCAUAACAAAAUAGAAGAUAUACAAAUAUUGUACCGUUUGAGCAAUGUGGUUUUUUUAGAUAUGUCUAACAAUAUGAUUAAGGCGAUAAAAAAAAUGGGUACCAAUUGCUUGAAGAAUUGUGUGUACAUGAAUUUAUCUCACAAUUUAAUUAAAAAUGUGGAAGACAUAAAAAUGCUAAAUUUAAUAGAACUCGAUUUGUCUCACAAUAAUAUAGAAGGUAUUAACAUCAAUCUGCCUAGUAGUGUAAAAAAAUUAAACCUCUCCAAUAAUAAUAUAAAAACAUUAGCUCUUAAAAAUCAGCUAGCCAAUUUGGAGUCCAUAGACUUAUCAUCCAACCCUAUAGAAAAUAUAGAAUUUAGCGACAUAACUCCUAAUAUAAAAUAUCUUAAAAUUAAUAACAACAGUACCAUGCCUAUGAGUCAACUGAGUAACCUGAACAAGUUCACGCGCCUGCGCCACCUCGACAUGGACAAUUAUCUUUACUUCAAGGAUAUAUCUUAUAAGGAGAUUAAGCAAAUUCUGGAGGCAAACACAAAGGAUAUUGACCUGCAAGAGUUCAAUGGAAACAGGAUAGAUGGGAAAGGCGCCGCGGGUCUCACUAAAAAAAAAAGUCCUUCCGAGUAA